AUGAGCGUGGGAUUAGAGUCUGAUGCGAAUCUCGAAGAAAUAUACACUUGGAUCGAGCAAAUACCGUUUUCCAAACCAAAGAGAAAUCUUGCUCGAGAUUUCUCUGACGGCGUUUUUAUGGCUGAAUUAUUAAAGCGAUACUACCCCAGAUACGUCGAUGUACAUAAUUAUAUUCCUGGAAGUAGUAUUGCAAAGAAGAUAGAUAAUUGGUGUACUCUAAAUCGCAAGGUACUUUCGAAACUUGACAUAAAAUUGGGAAAGGAUGUGAUUCAUCAACUGGCAAAUUCGCAGCCUGGUGUCAUUGAAAGAAUUUUAAUUGAAGUGCGUGCUAAAAUUUUGAAAGAUUGCAAUGCAGAUAGGAGUACCUUGUACUCCGAGUACGAAGAAAAUGAAAAGCAGGAAGUUGUCAAGUCGGUGCUUAACCCUGAAGAAAUAGCAAAUAAAACUGUUCCGCGCCACGUUUUCGUUCGAUUAAAACAGGAAUUGGAAGAAAAGAAUGAACUAAUAAAUAUGCUUCAUCAAAAAUUGUCUCAUCUCGAAUCAUUGAUAAAGCUAAAAGAUCAAAGAAUUACGGAUCUCACGUCACAAAUAAUGAGACCUGUGGAACAAACUAGAUUACAUAUAAAGAAGAAAUUUUAUAUUGGCGCUCUCAUGCUUGGUGGUGAAACCAAAAUUACUCCGUCACCACGAACGAAAAGCAUAGAGAUGUUUCUUUUUGUUGUACGGUAAACUUCUUCAUAUGUCUCUUCAUCGAUUUCUACUGUAGUUACAGUUUCUUCUGCCUCGCCCAACACCAUAUUUAAGUGCUGAUCAUAUGCCUUCAAUUAAAAGUUUUGAUCUUUAGAUAUAUAAUAGGUUAAAAAAUAUAUACAUGUAUACAGUAAUAUGAUAAAAUUGAUACUUGCGUGUAAUCGUCCUCGUAACUCUCUCUCAUUCCUCAUUUUAACGUAUAUUCUCUCAUCCAGACUUAAUCUUAUAAGAUCUAAGGGUUCUUUAACAUUUAUCGCUGGGACCUGUGGAAAUGUAUAUUGA